UCCUACUAUCCCUCAUUGAGCCACUUGAGCCUGGAGCAGAUGGAAAGAUUGUAGUGGGGCAAAGUAAGCAAGCAGCAGAGAGAGAGAAAAUUGGAAGAAGCCAUGCAGAGAGUGAGGCAGCCCAGCGACAAUGCUUGAUUGAACUGAACCACUGACCACCAGAAAGGCUUUCUUCCACUUUGACUGAGCCCCAGAGAGAUUAAGGAAUCAGAUAGCACAGUCCUCAGAGGAGACAUCAACUCAUCGUCCCAACUGACGGGCAAAUACCAGUCCAGGACGUGGAGAGCUCAAGCAAAGAGUUAGAGACGAAGAGAAAGAGGGGAUAUCUACAGAUGACAGAUCAAGCAGAGAGACAAAAGGAGAUGCCCAGAGUGACCAGAUAGAGAAGAGAAAAGUGAAGUAACAGGUUUGCUACAGGUGUGUCCACAAGGACAGCUCAAAGAAAAGGGCGACACAUCAGAGUCAGCCGCACAAACAGCUGUUGCAAGUAAAACAGGGAGUGAAAGAGCGAGAGCAGACAUAAGUAGAGGGACAGAGCUAGAUAAGGAUGGCCAACUCAGGUCUCCAGUUGUUGGGUUAUUUCCUGGCGUUGGGCGGCUGGAUCGGCAUCAUCUCCACCGUUGCCUUGCCCCAGUGGAAGCAGUCGUCGUACGCUGGCGAUGCCAUCAUCACGGCCGUGGGUCUGUACGAGGGGCUGUGGAUGAGCUGCGCCUCACAGAGCACAGGACAGGUGCAGUGCAAGAUCUUUGACUCCAUGCUCUCGCUGGACAUCCACAUCCAGACAUGUCGGGCCCUCAUGGUAGUGUCAGUACUGCUGGGCUUCAUGGGCAUCAUCAUCAGUGUGGUGGGCAUGAAGUGCACUAAGGUGGGAGAUAACAACCCAGCAACCAAAACCCGAAUCGCUGUGACCGGAGGAGCUCUCUUCCUGCUUGCAGGUAUAUGUACACUGGUGUCUGUGUCCUGGUAUGCCACUCAGGUGUCCUAUCAGUUCUUCAACCCAAACACACCGCCCAACGCCAGGUAUGAGUUUGGCUCGGCCCUGUUUGUGGGCUGGGCCGCGGCCAGUCUGACGGUGCUGGGCGGUGCCUUGCUGUGCUGCUCCUGCUCUAAAGAGGAAAUGCGAGGGCAACAAUAUUACCGCCAAUCACAGCCUUCCACAGCCAGGGAGGCAGAGUUGUUGAGUGAAACUAGUUUCCCUGACUGAUCAGCCCCUGCCUUUUUAUCGAAGACUGUCCGACUGUCCAACCACUGUCUUCCCCUUUUUCUCCCUGUUAUCUCUUAGACCCUCAAUUUGGACCUCUUGAAGUAGAAUAUUCCCUUUUCCUCAGUACUACAUCUGCACCUUAUUAGUCUUAUUGGGAAUCAAGAUGCAUUGUCUUCUCCCAUUAUUUUGUUACCUUCUGAGCCUUUUUCUGUAAAUAUGGACUCUUAAAGGAUAUGUGACUAGACCUUCUAUUUAAGAAAUGAGAUGGCCUCCACCCUUUCAGCCUGUCAACCCUCUACUACACCUCCCACACCCUCCCCUGUCUCUCUAUUGGCCGAAAGUUAACAAUGAGUUGAAACCCCUUGUGGUUCUGUUGCGCUGAUUUAUGAUUUUACUUAUAUCCUAUGACCUCUGGGUGUUUUUGUAAAUGUGUCUUUUGUUUGUUUUGUGCGCUGUGACUGUACUUUGACUGAAACAUGUCUUUUUUUUCCCUUUUGAAUUGCAGACCAAAUGUUAAAAGUACCCCACCAGAGAAAAGGGAGCAGUACUUGUAGUUUGGGAGAGUCUUCUGGCCAUACCAUGGUUUAGAUUCUGUCAACAGACAAAACCCUCUCACUGAGGAAUUCAAAACAGACAAACAGACAAACAGACACCAUUAAAGAAAGAAUUUAUGAAAAGCAACCUUUCAAAGCAUAUUGCAGCAACAUCAAUUUGAGUCUUUGUUGAAGUAAAAUAAAAGUGUUUUGGAAUGUUUUAUGAUAUAUUUGCUUCGGUAGGAUGAGAACGAUGAUAUCCUGGUCUUGUCUGUUUUGUUGACUUUGGGAGAGACAGUCAUUCAGGGUAUGUUUUCUAUAACAUGUUAAAAUGCCCGGGUGUAUAUACCACCUACUCUAUUGUUUUAUUUUUAUUUUUACUACAUAUAAAAUGUUUUACUACUUGUGCCUUAUAACACAUGUUUGUGCACAUGUAUGUUUUGGACUUGCGUUCUUUAAAGUCUCCCAUCCCUUCGGAGGGAUGCUUCCAUAGUUCCUCUGCCAGCAGUUCUGUGUGCCUUUUUCUAUUGUUGGAUUUCUGAAAAUGAAUGUGAAGCUACUCUACAGUACCACUUAUGAAACAACAAAUACAUACAUACCAUUUAUCUUAAGCAUAGUGCCUUAUGCCACUGUUUGUAAUAAGCUGUGUGCCUGUUUCCAAGUAGCCUGGAUUGAGGAUAUACCCAGUACAUUCAUUUUGUUUGGUUAAGUGCCAAUAUGAUUCUGUGUGAAUGACAGAGUCAUUGUAUUUCUGACUCUAAAGGACAUACUGUACUGUGUGUUGUCUCCUGUACUAAGGAACGCCAGUUUGCUGAGUGUUCAAAUGCCCUUUUGAUGCCUGCAUUUAUUUACCAUGCCAUUCCUUUCUCUAAUAUUUACCUCCUCAAUGUUGUGUAUCAUCUCAUUUACAGUAUACCCUUGUCUGUUUCUUCUAGAAUAAAGUAAACAGAGACAUAAAAAUGGA